AUUAAAACUAAAAAAAGCUCCGGUCUUUCCUAGUCGUCCAGAAGUGCGUUUUUGUUGUUAGGGUUUUCGCUCCUUGCUCUCUGCUCUGAACCAUCGCGGCGGAUCUCCAAGCGCGAAAAUGCCGUCCCACAAGACCUUCAUAAUCAAGAAGAAGCUGGCGAAGAAGAUGAGGCAGAACAGGCCCAUCCCUCAUUGGAUCCGUUUGAGGACCGACAACACCAUCAGGUACAACGCCAAGCGCAGGCACUGGCGCCGCACCAAGCUCGGUUUCUGAGGUGCUUUGCUCCAAUGGCAUUUGGCAUAUUUUGUAAUUUGAUUAGGGGUUUUAGUUUUGAUUCAGACUCCAGAGCUUAAUGUUUUUGUACUUUGUUGAGAACCCAGUUGUAAGAACUCAUAAGAGUCUCUCUAUUUUCAGACGUUUAUUCUGAUUUAGCUUCCCUGAAUCAAUUUCAAGUGUCAAAUGAAUUCCCAAUUCACCCAAA